UUUGUGAUUGGUACUCUUGUUUUAAGUUGUUUUUAUUUUUAUUUGUUUGUGAAUUGUGGUUCUCCGGCUCUCCUAAUUUAAAAUUAGUGUUUUGAACUUACACCAGCCCAAAUACCAGAUACCGAUUUGUUGAUGGUGAACGUUGGUAUUAUUCAAUUGUUUUCGUGUCAGUCAGUACAAUGGAAAAUCCCACAGAAAAUGUCCAGACAAUGUCCGAAGAUAAACCAGAUCCUCCUAAGGUAGGACAUCCUGAAGAAAAACCGAAAGAAGCUGUUCCUGCCGAAAAUAUGAAACCCAAAGCACCUAAAGCGAAAAAACGAAAGAAACCGAAGGAUAGUACUGCACCCAGACAGCCUUUAACUGGAUAUAUCCGUUAUUUAAAUGACAGAAGAGAAGGAGUUCGAGCAGCAAACCCUUCACUAUCUUUUGCGGAUAUAACAAAAAUGUUAGCAAGCGAAUGGACAAAUUUGCCUUUGGAUAAAAAACAACAAUAUUUGGAUGCAGCCGAACAAGACAGAGAAAGAUAUACCAAAGAAUAUGAAGCUUAUAAGCAAACAGAGGCUUAUAAGCAAUUUACUCAACAAAACAAGCAGAUGAAAGUGAAAGAGACUGUUGUUGCUACAACAAAUCCCACCAAUCACGUACAACUACCAAUAUCACAAGAAAUAGAUUUCGGAAAUUUCGAUAUUCCAAUUUUUACAGAAGAAUUUUUGGAACAUAAUAAGACUAGAGAUGCCGAGCUCAGGCAACUGCGAAAAAUUAACACAGACUAUGAACAACAAAAUGCCCUUUUGACCAAACAUAUCGAAAACAUGCAAUCUGCAAUUACCAAAAUUGAAAGCGAAAUUCUCCAACAGGAAAGAACAAAUACGUCUCUGCAGGAACACUUGAACCAUUUAAAAACGGCUUUAUCCAAUGGAUUUGUUAAAGUUAAAUUGCCUGGUGUUAAAGAAGUGCCAAAUCGUCAAAAUAUUGAGACAUACAUGAUGAAGCUGCACUCAGUUUUGCUGGAAAAUGACAGUCAGGAUACCAAGAUGCUACAGACUGUAAGGGAAGUUGUGGGAAAGUUGGAUUUUAAGGGAUGACAAACACCUGGGUCUCGGGUUUCCAAGAGAAAGAGGAAAAACAAGAAGUUUUAGUUUUUUUUUUUUGAAAAUUUUCCCUCUAGAUAUUGUAUUUUUUGAGCCAGCUCUUAAGGCCUUACUUAUUGAUAGAUCCUUAUGUUAGUAGUUUAGUUAGGCCUUUCGCUUAUUGUAUAACAUUGGGCAUACAAAUAUAUAGAUGUAAGAUUUUAGUGGGUAAUAAAUAAUUAAUCAAUUAUGAAUUGGUUUCAAUUGACACAGUUUUGUCCAGGAAUUUUGUAGGAGGCAGUUUGCAUGUUGUUUGGACUUGAUUCAAAAAUUUCUAAAUUCAUGUUGAGAUUGAAAUAUCAUACUGUCUUAUCUUUAUAGAUAGUGUUGGAUACUGGCUGAGCUGCGAUCCACAGUGUAUUAGUCAAACUGCUUUGAAGUCACAGAAUCUAUUGGGAUUGAUUGAUUUCGACUUUUAGAAAAGGUGCAGAACCGCUCUCAUUACUUGAGUCUGAGUUUGUGCAUCUGACCACUCAGUGCCCCAUCAGGACUGUGAUGACUUUUAGUUGGCUCCUGUUUAGUUUUAGGAGGCUUUUUGCCUCUUUUCAGUUUGAGGAACCUUGUCUGUCUGAGAUCCGUUUGACAAUAGUGUUCUCUAUGCCAAAGCUUUCUGCAGAAUUCUUUAUCUAUAGAGGUAGUCGAGACUUUUACAAAUAACUUCACAACUUGACUAAGUCAAAAAUCGCCCGAAGCAAUUCCUUUUACAGUGUAAUCGGCACACCAACAUUACAAAGCGCAAUAAUGAAUAUGGGUACCUAGUGGCACUUUAUCCCCCCAGCUGCACCACAUUUUGGAGGAAUAUGGGAAGCUGGGGAAUAUUCAUCGUCAUUUCGUAGCCAUUAGCAGCAUCACAACCAUUGGGGUAAUCAGCAUUGGCAUUGCAGUAUAGUAUACGAUAAAACUCAUUCUGAAACACCAACAAACCAAACAGAACCGAAGAACGAGUCGACGCGAAGAUAAAAAAGACGAGUUUGAACUACAGUCUUUGAGAUAUUCUAUUCUGGAGAAGCGGCAGAAUGUAUAAUUACGAAUUAUACUUAUAUCAAAUAUCGCGUAAUAAUAAUAUCAAUUUAAUAUAAAAGACGAUGUAUUAAACUUAAUAAAUCAAAUUCAACCAGUGUGCAGUGUUUCUUGAUACUUCUUCAAUUUACUGUACCCAAGCCUACUUGGCCAUAGCAGAGAGUGAGACUGCUCUUCCACAUAGUCCUUACUGUUUCACUGUUUAACUAAGCCGUAGUUAAGUAAGUGUAUAUCAGGCAUACAGCCUGAACAUACAGUUUCUGACUUAUAUUAUCAGAACCUGCCAGCUGGAAGAGGGAUGUUUUAUCCCCUUGGAUGGAUUCCAUGUGUUAUAAAAAUAACAUUAAAAAAAGAAAACUACAAAAAAUCUAAUGAAAUAUGCCUUUAUGGUUAACUAACUAAUAAUUUUGAGCUGGUAACAAAAAUAAUAAGUGUCCUAAAAAUUAAAAAUCACCAAAAUUAUAUCACAAAAAGUUUUUAAAUAAAUUGAGGUUUAAACAUUCCUUGACAAUUCUUUCAACAUACCCAAGUCUAACUAAUACAAAAAAAAAUUAAGCUCAAUAAAUAAUUGUUCCCACAUUAACAAUAACAAAUUAAUCACUUGGCGUAUCAUUUGUAAUUUUUAUUAGGAACAAUACACAUUUAAUAAUUGUAGAACUAAAUUUUUUGCAUUUACCGUUGGUAGCUCUAAAAUAAAUAAAUAUCACAAUACCAACAGCUAAAAAAAAAACUAAAAACAAUAAAUUCAAAGAUGUGAAAAGCUUUUAGCUAAUAACCCGCCUUAAUAAUGGGGCAAACUUUUUUGAGACAAAUAUAUCUGUAUGGAGUCAUCAAAUCACAUUCCAACUAAAGAGAGCAUUACUCUAAAAUUUUAAUAUACGUAUUGAAGGUGUGCUUAGAUGAGUUUGUUCGAUCUCCAGAUGCUGUCAGAUUUACUCCUUUCCUUUUAGAGCUAAUAACUCAUUAUUCAGCUAAUUGUCAGAAUUAUUUCUGGAAUUAGUAUUUCCGGACAUGAAUUUCUUUCCAUAAACUGUCUAGACUGUUUACUAUUACUUUUUAAUUUAAUUUAGUACAGACGCACCUUCUAUAUUUCAUACAGUGACUUUAAUUUUUUAAGUCUCAAAAAAGUGUAAAAAAAUAAUAAUAUUGCUAUUUACUUAAUCUAUAGUACAACAUUCAAAAUUUAAGCAUUAUGGAAUAAAUACUGGUUUUUCAUAAAAUAAAAUAGUAAAUGCGUAAUUACAUCAAAACACAAGCAAUUUUUCCAAAAAGCUCUUUAUAUAAUUUAGAGUAAAGGUUUUAUGUCGACCUCGGAGACCGGUUCCCUCCAGUAGCUGAACUGCGAAUAAUCGUUGGCUUGUUCCAAACGAGACGGGUACAACUGGUCUACUAUGACAGUCAUAUUGACGUAACUAGAAUAAAAAUAACAAUUUGGAUGGUAAUCAACAAAGAAAUCAAAGACUUGAAUGGAACAAAAUGCCUAUGAAAUGGAAAGCUUACACCUCAUUUUUUUGGCAAUGUAAAUGUAAAUGAGUUUUUCAAGCCAAGAUUUCACAAUUUUUAUGAUUAAAGUAUUGGUUUAUGAGAUACAGCAAUGUAUUUAUAGUUUGAAAGCCAUUUAGUUUACUUCUGGUUGGCACGAUAGGCAGGCUAUACAGUUAGAUUGGAGUAAGAUUCUAACUGAACUUGUAUCCUAAGUCAGACUGAACGUAAAUUUUACAUAAAAAGCUUAAAACAAACCCCAUAAACCUAAAAAAUCCCCAAAAUAUGGGACAAGUGUGUAACAUUCUUCACUCAAACAGCAUGCUUUUAUUUACAAUCUCUCGUAUUGUUUUUUUUUCUCAUUUUGCUUACCCUUAUUUGUUUAUACAGCCAAGCUUGUACUGCGAUGCUGGCACGUUGAGUUUGUGGUCAAUAAUUUAUCAAAAAAAAAAAAUCUACUAAAACAUGUGCGUCUUGACUUUUUUGACAACAUAUUAGUCUGAUGAAAUAAUUAUGAGAUGUUAAGAUGAAUUCCAAAAGCGUGACUCUUUAAAGUAAAACGCACAUAUUUUGCUUUGUACUUUCUCAGGUAAUUUUCUAAUUAUUAAAAUUAAUUCAAUCCGAAUCGCUUUCAUAAUCUGAUUCAAAAACUGAAUCGUUCUGAUCGACUUUAUGUAAGAUAGGCGGAAAUACUUCAUUGACCACAAGUGAUUGGCCCGUAUAACUGCAAAAAUUAAAUAAAAAACUCAAUUUUUGUUUUUACACAACACAAAACCUAACCUAAAGCAUGCGGAAAAGCUUUUGCUGGCACCCCCACACCCACCACCAAUUAAAUUUGAAAAAUAUUCUUACCUAGAUUGAAAAGUUUGAGUCAAUUCGUGUUUCAAUUCGCCUUUAGAGUUUAUAGUGAAGAUACGAUGAAUUGGUAUUCCAACUGCUCUAUAAGCCCAUACGUCCUAAAAAAAAAUAUAAUAAUUAAUAAAAAAAAAUAUAUAAAUACAAAUAAAAUUACUUACAUUAAUCCUAUUUCCAUAACCAGCAUAGAACGGUUCCAAGUCGGCGGGGAACAAAGCUUUAAUGUCGCUCAUGCAGGAAAUUUUAAAUGCUUCGGGUUUCUUUUCGAUAACCUCCCUAUGAAAAGCGGUAAUCAGGGAAGUGGGGUUGAGCAAAAUAGGCCCGUCAGGCAUACUCAUGUCUCCUUGUCGGAUGGAUUUCAAAUAUUCCCGGGUGGUUCUAGCCUGGCCGAUGGCACGCGCACUCAAAUACAGAAGUUUGUAGCCGUUGUCUUUGAUUUUGUUGAAGAGCUGCGCCACUCCGGACUGAGCCCAAUCUUUACCCACUAUGGGCAGGAUGUGACCUAAUACGUC